AUGAGUUUACAAUUCGAUGAGGCUGCGUUUGUCGAGGCUACAAAUGGUAAAGCCAACUUGAAAUUCGAUGAUGAAAAACAACAAGCUAGAUUUGAAUUAGGUGUGUCAAUGAUGGUAUAUAGAUGGGAUGCUUUAGAGAUUGCUGUUGCUAAUAAGUGGGGUGGUCCAGAUUCAGCAGAAAAGCGUGAUUGGAUAUCUGGUAUUAUCAUAGAUGCUUUCAAAACUGAAAAGACAAUCGACGUUGCUUACAUCGAAGAAAUGCUACUGUACGCUAUGACUGACGAAUUCGACACUAAUGUAGAGGAUGAUUCCGCCCUGCCAAUUGCAGCUGGUAUAAUAGAGUUAUAUAAGCAAGCGGAUGCCCUGGACUUUUCGAAUAUCGAAUCACUAUACUUGGAUUAUCAAAACAAACAAAACAAUAAAUCAAUAGAUCAUGGCCAUCACGUACAUGUAACUGAAGAUCCAUUAAACCCUAACGUCUCCUCUUCCGAAGAAGAUGAUGACAGUGAGGGAGAGGAUGACGAUGAAGAUAUGAUGGAGGAAGACCAAAAUGAACCUCAAAAUAACAUCCCAGAACCAAUAAUUGAUGAUGAUGGGUUUGAAUUAAUUCAAAAGAAAGGUAAAAACAGAUAUUAA